AUGUCAAGCAUGGGUUUAUGGAGAUAUAAGGAUCAGAUUUGUGUUCUGAUGGACACUGGGAUCAAACGGGAAAUUAUGGAUGAAUCUUAUACUAACCCUUAUUCUCUACAUCUAGGAAACACAAAGAUGUACCGGGAUUUGAUGGAUUUAUAUUGGUGGCCUUUGAUAAAGAGGGACGUGACUGAGUACGUGAUAAAGUGCUUGACCUAUCAGCAGGUCAAGGUGGAGCAUCAGAGACCAGUGGGGCUACAACAGCCUCUGGAUAUCCCUGAGUGGAAGUACCAAUCGACUAUUGGAGUGGCACCUUAUGAGAUGUUGUACGAUAGGAAAUGUAGAUCAUCUAUUCACUGGAAUGAGAUGGGUGAGAGGAAAUAUUUGGGUCCUAAAGGAUUUGAGAGGACCACUGAGGCUAUUGAAAAGAUUAGAGCUUGGAUGUUCGCUUCUUAG